AUGUCUACUCCGGAGGGUGUCUUGUUGCCAGAUGGCCGGAAAAUCGGGGACCUGAAGGUUGCUGAUCUCCGAAACCAACUAGAGAUUAGAGGUCUUAGUCGCUCAGGAGUAAAAAAAGACUUGUGCGCACGUCUAUCGGAUGCUGUAGAUGGAGAAUUGCGUCAAAUGAGAAAUGAGUCUGGAUCUGUUGCCAAGUGUGUAGAAUCAGAAGAACCCCUUGGUGGUAAUAAUAAUGUACAAAACGAAGAUACUUUAGAAAUUGAUGCAGUCGCAUCGGACGAAGAAAUUACUGAAGUAUCUACAUCUGCUGAUAUAUCCGAAGUCAAGUAAGAAUAAAUGAAUGCCUCAAUUUUGUCUGAUUCGGUUUUUCAUAUAUUAGUUGAAGCUCCUAGUCAGUUGUCAGUGUUAGGUCUCGAACGAUUGUUUGGCAGUUUAGUUGCCACUUCAAGUCACAACAAAAGAGCCACAUUAGGACUAAACUGAAAGUGGUACCAAAAGCUCUAGGAAUUUUAACACAAUAGUUACAGCCCAAAACGAUCAGUUGCGACCAAGGAAUAGAAAUUUAAGCAUGAUAUUUAGCUGAAAAUUUUUGAGUGAAGUGGAAAAUCAACACAUCAUGUAACACAAUGCCUUCAAUUAUUAGUUACAAGUAUUGUGUGGAUUCUAACCAAAUUACGGAGUCGCGUAAUAGCCUUGGGACUUUGGUAUAAACUAAAAUAGUCAAUUGAAGCCCAACUUUGAGAGUUUGUCAUGAAAAUUCUGCCAAUCCUUAUCAGACCGUGUUUUCUGGCUAGGAUUAAUGUAGUUCGUUCAAGAAAAUAUAACACCUAAAACCAGUAAUUUUAUCUAAAAGUUUUGUGAUUGGUUCCAGAUAAAUUUUCAUCACAUCCUUAGAAUUGCUUAUGCACUUUCUUCGCUUAAUAACAGCUUACAUAAACCAAACCAAAAUGUUGGUUAUGCAGAUGUGUCCGAGUAUAUUUACUACUUAGCUUGCCGCACAAUAAUGUUUUCUUCUAAAUGAAAAAUUCAGGUACCUAUCCAUUGACAAAUCAAGUUGAGAUUCCGUUCAUGCGUUUUUGAAUACUUGUCUUUCAAAAUAUGCUGCGCUGCAAUCU